UUGAAAUCUCAACAAAUUAGUCGAACUAAAUACGUAAAUCAUCUUUUUACAGAGCCAUCUGAUGAGGCUGACGAGCUGUGCCAACGUAUAUGGAACGGUCAAUCAUCACAAUCGGAAGAAAUCACCGAGGCGUUCGGCAUCAAAUUAACCCGGAGAGAUCUUUCGACGUUAUCUGACCGUAAUUGGUUGAACGACCAAGUGAUAGACUUCUACCUGCAAUUAAUUUGCCAAAGAAGCGAAGCCACCGAAAAUCUACCGAAGGUGUAUGCCUUCAACACGUUCUUUUACCUGAACAUUUCCACAAAAGGCUACGACUCUGUCAGAAGAUGGACGCGUAAAGUUGAUAUCUUUGAAUACGAUCUGCUUCUGGUGCCGAUACACCUCGAAGCUCAUUGGUGUUUAGCGAUAGUUGAUCUGGCGAUGAAACGAAUUGACUACUAUGAUUCAUUGUUAGGAAGAAAUAAAAAGUGCCUUGAUUGUCUGAAGAACUACCUCACUGAAGAAUACGAGGACAAAAAGAAAGAGACCUUUGGUUUCAAGGGAUGGAAGUUUAGUUUACGAAGGGACAUUCCCCGUCAAACGAAUGGCAGCGAUUGUGGUGUGUUUGUGUGCAAAUUCGCUGAAUUUGCAUCCAGGAGGGCACCCAUGGCAUUCACGCAGCAACACAUGCCAAACUACCGACGAGUAAUGGUGUAUGAAUUGGUCGAAAAGAAGUUAUUGUAG